AUGUAUUUUCUUUCUCGUUAUUUUUCAUUUUCGAUAUUCCUUUUUGUUUUUUCUUUCUUUCCUUAUUGUUUUUCGUUCUAUUCCAUUUUCGUUUCUUUACUUUUUUUAUUACCCUUUUCCUCUUUCAUUCGUUCGAUUAUCUAUAAGCUUCUUUCCUUUUAUAAUCUUUCUUUUUUUUUAUUUUACGGUCUUCUAAAAAUAUAUUUCGUUUUUCUUUUCUUUGUUUUUUUUUUCACUUCCGUUCAUUUCAUUGACUUUCUCCAUGUCUAUCUAUCUAUAUUUCGAUUUGUUUUUCUCUGUCUGUCUAUUUGUUUUGAUCGCCGUCUUUUUUUCUCGUUUUUCUGUCUUUUUUUUUUUUAUAUUGUCUUUAUUUCCGACUUUUUUUCCAUCUUUCUUUCUGUUCUUUAUUUCGUCUUUCUUUUUCUCUCUACCUGUCUGUCUAUCUGUCUUUCUUUCUGUCUGUCUGUCUGUCUCUCUCUCUCUCUCUGUUUCUGUAUGUCUUUUCCCUGUCUUUCUGUGGUUCUUUUUUUAUUUUGUCUUCUUUGUUUCUUUUUUCCUUCUUCCUUUCUGUUCUUUGUUUCGUCUUUCUUUUUCUCCCUACCUGUCUAUCUGUCUUUCUUUCUGUCUCUUUCUGUCUUUCUUUCUCUCUCUCUCUCUCUCUCUCUCUCUCUCUCUCUCUCUCUCUCUCUCUCUCUCUCUCUGUUUCUGUAUGUCUUUUCUCUGUCUUUCUGUGGUUCUUUUUUUUUUUCUUCUUUGUUUUUUUUUUCCUUCUUCCUUUCUGUUCUUUGUUUCGUCUUUUUCUUUUUCUCCCUACCUGUCUAUCUGUCUUUCUUUCUGUCUCUUUCUGUCUUUCUUUCUCUCUCUCUCUCUCUUUCUCUCUCUCUCUCUCUCUCUCUGUUUCUGUAUGUCUUUUCUCUGUCUUUCUGUGGUUCUUUUUUUAUUUUGUCUUUGUUUUUUUUUUUCCUUCUUCCUUUCUGUUCUUUGUUUUCGUCUUUCUUUUUCUCCCUACCUGUCUAUCUGUCUUUCUUUCUGUCUCUUUCUGUCUUUCUUUCUCUCUCUCUUUCUCUCUCUCUCUCUCUCUCUCUCUCUCUCUCUCUCUCUCUCUGUUUCUGUAUGUCUUUUCUCUGUCUUUCUGUGGUUCUUUUUUUUUUAUUUUGUCUUUGUUUUUUUCCUUCUUCCUUUCUGUUCUUUUGUUUCGUCUUUUUUUUCUCCCUACCUGUCUAUCUGUCUUUCUUUCUGUCUCUUUCUGUCUUUCUUUCUCACUCUCUCUCUCUUUCUCACUCUCUCUCUCUCUCUCUCUCUCUCUGUUUCUGUAUGUCUUUUUUCUCUGUCUUUCUGUGGUUUUUUUUUUAUUUUGUCUUUGUUUUCUUUUUUUCCUUCUUCCUUUCUGUUCUUUGUUUCGUCUUUCUUUUUUCUCCCUACCUGUCUAUCUGUCUUUCUUUUCUGUCUCUGUCUUUCUUGUCUUUCUCUUCUCCUCUCUCUCUCUUUCUCUCUCUCUCUCUCUCUCUCUCUCUCUGUUUCUGUAUGUCUUUUCUCUGUCUUUCUGUGGUUCUUUUUUUAUUUUGUCUUUGUUUCUUUUUUCCUUCUUCCUUUCUGUUCUUUGUUUCGUCUUUCUUUUUCUCCCUACCUGUCUAUCUGUCUUUCUUUCUGUCUCUUUCUGUCUUUCUUUCUCUCUCUCUCUCUCUCUCUCUCUCUCUCUCUCUCUCUCUCUCUCUCUCUCUCUCUCUCUCUGUUUCUGUAUGUCUUUUCUCUGUCUUUCUGUGGUUCUUUUUUUAUUUUGUCUUUGUUUCUUUUUUCCUUCUUCCUUUCUGUUCUUUGUUUCGUCUUUUCUUUUUUCUCAUACUUUUCUAUCUGUUUGUCUUUCUGUCUCUUUCUGUAUUUUUUCUCUCAAUUUCUGUCUGUAUUUUGGUCUGUCUUUCUGUCUUUCUUUUUUAUUUUGUCUUUAAUUCCGUCUUUUUUUUUCGUCUUUUUUUCCUUCUUUCUUUCUGUCUUUUAUUCCGUCUUUUUUUUUUCUUUCUACCUGUCGGUCUAUCCAUCAUUUUGUUUCUUUCUGUUUUUCUAUCUCUCUCUUUCUGUCUGUCUGUCUGUCUUUCUGCCUGUCUUUCUUUCUUUAAUUUGUCUUUCUUGCCGUCUUUCUUUCCUUCUUUCUUUCUGUCCAUCUGCCUUUCUUUCUAUCUGUUUCUCCGUCUGUUUAUCUUCCUGCCUUUGUUUAUUUAUGUCUUCCUUGUUUAUUUGUCUUUCUCUCUCUCUCUCUCUCUCUCUCUCUCUCUCUCUUUGUGUCUUUCUCUUUCUUAUCGUUAUCAUCCUAUUCUCAUCAUGUUUCCGCCAUUUUUCCCAUUAUCUCUUUCGGGUGGUCUCAAUUAUUUCUUCACUUUCUUUUUGUAA